AUGAGUCAUCUUGACCAGGAAAACAUUCCCGCCGUUUCUGUUUCAGUGGAGAUUGACACUUCGGCAACAGCAGAAUCUUCAUCAGGCGUCAACCUCGCCUCUGAUUGUCCAGCAACAGCUUUUUCACCAGCUGUGCAGCCUACCACAGCCGCAAAUGAGCCAGCUGAAGCUGAGGACGUAGAGUCCCCCAGUUACAAGUCCUCUGAUGGUAACGAGAGCAACGUGGAUGACAUUGGUGAAGCUGCAUCAACACCGGACGUCUCUAAUGAGGUGAACUUUGCCGAUGAGUUUCCUUUGUCAACAGCCUCCUUAUUGUCCUCUCAUCAGCAGUCGCCCUCAACCAAUGCAGAAAGUGAGUUAACAGAAAAACGACCCCUAACUCCGACAGUUGAGCAGUUGGACGAUGAAAAUCACUGCACUUCAAAGAAAUCUAAAACUAAAACUGAAGAGAUGAGUCAUCUUGACCAGGAAAACAUUCCCGCCGCUUCUGUUUCAGUGGAGACCGACACUUCGGCAACAGCAGAACUUUCAUCCAGCGUCAACCUCGCCCCUGAUUGUCCAGCAACAGCCUUUUUGCCAGUUGUGCAUCCUACUACAGCCGCAAAUGAGCCAGCUGAAACUGAGGACGUGGAGUCCUCCAGUUACAAGUCCUCUGAUGGUAACGAGAGCAAAGUGGAUGACAAUGAUGAGGCCGCAUCACCACAUGAAGUCUCUAAUGAGGUGAACUUUGCCGAGGAGUUUAAUUUGUCAGCAGCCUCAUCAUCGUCUUCAGCUUGUCAGCAAUCGCCUUCGACCAAUCCCGAAAGUGAAUCGACAGCAAAACGACCACUAACUCCGACAGUUGAGCAGUUGAACGAUGAGAGUCACUGCAUUUCAAAGAAGUCUAAAUCUAAGACUGAAAAGAUGAGUCAUCUUGACCAGGAAAACAUUCCCGCUGCUUCUGUUUCAGUGGAGACCAACACUUCGGCAACAGCAGAACCUUCAUCAGGCGUCAACCUCGCCCCUGAUUGUCCAGCAACAGCUUUUUCACCAGCUGUGCAGCCUACCACAGCCGCAAAUGAGCCAGUUGAAGCUGAGGACGUGGAGUCCUCCAGUUACAAGUCCUCUGAUGGUAACGAGAGCAAAGUGGAUGACAUUGGUGAAGCUGCAUCAACACCGGACGUCUCUAAUGAGGUGAACUUUGCCGAUGAGUUUAAUUUGUCAGCAGCCUCAUCAUCGUCUUCAGCUUGUCAGCAAUCGCCUUCGACCAAUCCCGAAAGUGAAUCUACAGCAAAACGACCACUAACUCCGACAGUUGAGCAGUUGAACGAUGAGAGUCACUGCACUUCAAAAAAGUCUAAAAAAACAGAAAAGCUGAGUCAUUUUAACCAGGCGAACAAUCUCUUUUCCUCCGUUUCAGUGGAUGCCGAAAUCUUGAGAAAAAUUUUGGCUAAUGUUCAAUUGCGAGCUCUAUCACAGUCGCUAAAAUUUUCUGCUGAAGAGGAAAAUCUAGAAGAGGAGAAUCAGAAAAAACAGCAGCAACAACCUGAAACUGAAAAACCGAAUCAGCUGGCCAUUGAUUUGCCACUAGGAUCAGGCGAAUUUCAGCCAGAUUAUAUCAAUGCUAAAGCUAGCGAUGAAGAAGAGGUGAACACCUCGCCACCACCAAUGGAACAUUUAAAACCAAACGAAAAAAGUAUCAGUCCAUUUUUGCCGCUUUCUGGCGUUGCAGAAAGUUUCUGCCCCUUUGACACAAUCGUCCAAGCUGUGGCCACUUCUCCAGCGACACAUGUCGUUGAAACAACUUCAAACCCUCAAUCGACUUCAUUUCUUCAGGAGCAAGUCCAACAGUCAUCAUAUGAUUCUUUUCUUAUCAAUCCUGUUGAUCGUACACCAGAUGAGACUCCUAAAUCAAACACUAACAUCGUUUUAGUGUUGAUGGGGGCUGCAGAGUCAUCAAACCGAGACCAAAAAGAGGAAAAUGCAGACGACGAUAAAACUGACAAAGUGGAUGAAGAUACCGAAAAUGAGGCAAACAAACGCAAAGACAAUGUGGCUGACAAAAUGAACGAGGAUGAAAAAAAAUCGGACAACGACAAUGACAAUGAGGCUGACAAAAUGGACGAGAAUGAAGAAGAUAAGAACAAAGACAAGAUUGAUAUUGAAAACGACAAUGAUGACGAGGCGGAAAACGAAGAGGAUGACGAUGAUGAGUCUUACAAAGGGGACGAGGAUGAAGAGAAAGACGACGAUGCUGAAAAGGAUGACGAAGGUCCGCAGGGAGACCAUGGCCAAUCUGAAACCGAUAAUGACGAUAAAAACGACAAAGAGGGAAAUGACAACGACUCAGACAGGGCCGAGUCCAGUGACCAGGACGAGCCAAAGUCGGAAAAUCAGCCUAAAAACGAGAACAGCAACACUGAAGAGGAAAUGGUCAUGGACGUUGAAGAGAGAUCUCAAGAGGUGAACACUGAAGAGCAGUCAGAAAACAGUCCGGUUUUGCCUUUUGACAAGGAUAAUCUUCACGCUAAAACGGAUGAUGUUUUCUCUUCAAUCAUUCUUUCAACUGCUAAAACAGUUGAAACUGAGAAAAUCUGCCUCACUGUACCCUCAUCUGCUGAAGCCAGCACUGCUGAACCCGAUAGUGACAAUGAAAAUGACAAAAAUGGAAACGACAACGACUCAGACAAUGCCGGGUCCAGUUACCAGGACGUUCCAAAGUCGGAAAAACAGCCUGAAAACAAAAACAACACUAAAGAGGAAAUGGACAUAAAUGUUGAACAGAAAUCUCCAGAGGUGAACACUGAAGAGCAGUCGGAAAACAGUUCGAUUUUGCUUAUUGACAAGGAUAAUCUUCACCUUCAAACGAAUGAUGUUCUUUCCUUGCUCAUUCUCUCUGUUGUUAAAACAAAUGAAAACAAAAAAAUCCGUUCUACUUUACCCUCAUUUACUGAAACUAUCACUGUUGAAACGCUGAAAAUCAGUGAAACAGAGGAGAAAGAAACAGAAAGUCUUCGUUCCUCUUCAGACGACAUCGACGUGGAUGACACUGCUAAGCCUGCAUCACCAAAGGAAGUCUCUAAUGGGGUGAACGGCUUUGAAAGUGGUGAUGAGGAGGACGGUGAAGUACUGGAUGGCAACAAAACCAAGGAUGAUGCUCGCUUUUCUUCAAACAGUGAGCUGGACAUUGAUGAGCCCGCAUCACUACAGGAAGUCUCGAAUGAGGAUAACCUUGCCGAUAAUUUUCCUUUGCCAGCAGCUUCAGCACCGUUCUCAGCUUGUCAACAGUCGCUCUCGACCAAUGAGCCAGAGAGUGAAUCAACAGCAAAACGACCACUAACUCCGAGAGUUGAGCAGUUGGACGAUGAAAGUCACUGCACUUCAAAGAAGUCAAAAACUAAUACUGAAGAGAUGAGUCAUUUUAACCAGCCAAACAUUCCCGCCGCUUCUGUUUCAUUGGAAACCGACACUUUGACAACAGCAGAACUUUCAUCCAGCGUCAACCUCGCCUCUGAUUGUCCAGCAACAGCCUUUUUGCCAGCUGUGCAUCCUACCACAGCCGCAAAUGAGCCAGCUGAAGCUGAGGAAGUGGAGUCCUCCAGUUACAAGUCCUCUGAUAGUAACGAGAGCAAAGUGGAUGACAAUGAUGAGGCCGCAUCACCACAUGAAGUCUCUAAUGAGGUGAACUUUGCCGAUGAGUUUAAUUUGUCAGCAGCCUCAUCAUCGUCCUCAGCUUGUCAGCAAUUGCCUUCGACCAAUCCCGAAAGUGAAUCUACAGCAAAACGACCAUUAACUCCGACAGUUGAGCAGUUGAACGAUGAGAGUCACUGCAUUUUAAAAAAGUCUAAAACUAAUACUGAAGAGAUGAGUCAUCUUGACCAGGAAAACAUUCCCGCCGCUUCUGUUUCAGUGGAGACCGACACUUCGGCAACAACAGAACCUUUAUCCAGCGUCAACCUCGCCCCUGAUUGUCCAGCAACAGCUUUUUCACCAGCUGUGCAGCCUACCACAACCGCAAAUGAGCCAGCUGAAGUUGAAGAGGUAGAGCCCUUCAGUAUGAACGUUGAAGGCAGUAGUAGCAGUGCAGAAGUCACCGCCGUCAUUUCAGCUGAAGUUAGCGGUCUGAUGGCGAAAACACUUGAAAAGACGUUCAGCAGCAAUGCCGUCGAUGAGAGCGGAGAUGAUUCAAGCGGUGAUGGCAGCGAUGACCACCACCACCACCAGGCAGCCACUGAGGAGAUCAGCCAUGAGGAUCACCAGAUGCCUGAAGCCAAAAACGCUGACUCACACAACAACAAUAGCCUUCUCGGUGCAAGGAGCUUCAUCAGAGCUGGCGAAAAGCUGCCGUCACCUGCCGACACUGUCGUCCAAGAGGUACUGUCAGCGGACGAAGUACAGUCGUUGGAGCUUUCGACAGCAUCUCCGACUGAUGCCGAUGCUUCAUCGCCAUCCUCAUCACCUAAAUCACCUCCCCAUCCACCACUAUCAUCAUCAUCACCCUCAUCACACUCCUUCAUCAUUCCAUCUAACCUAUCAGUUCAGCCAUUUCACCCAUCUUCACCACUGUUUUCACCUUUACCAGCAGCCCCCUCUUCAUCAUCAUCUUGUUGCAUAUUACAAUCACCAUCACCAGAAUUCAUACUAGCAACCGAAUCACUACGUUCACAAACAACCUCAUCAUCACUAUCAUCAUCAUCAUCAUCAUCAUCACUAACAUCCGUUGACCCAUCAAUACUAGGAUUGCUUUCACAAUCACCACCUUCACCACCUUCAUCUCAUUCCUUAUCCUCACAUCCAUCAUCAUCCUCACCAACAAUUCCAACAUCAUCAUCAUCACCACCACCAACAGCAGCACCUAAAUCGCCCUCAUCCUCACCAUCAUUUCAUCACUCUUCCUCAUCUGAAACAUCUCACCUGCGACCAACGCCACCCUUAUCAUCACUUAAAGUAUUGCCUGUAUUGCCUUCUCAAGAGCAAUCAAAUUCAUUCGGAAAUGAGCAGGAUAAACUCAAAAAUAAAUCCGAUGAUGAAAACAGCAAAAAGAAGGCGCAAAACAUUUUAGAAAAUUCCAGCAACAGUGAGUUUUUUUCUGAAGAUAAAUCGCCUGAAUGUGAACUGGUUAUUGUUGAAAAAGCUGAACUAGCCACAUCAUCAUCAUCAUCAUUAGUGGCAGCAGAAACAGCAGUUCCUUACGUAUACCAGGAAAACACUUCGCCAGUUACACAGGAAUCUCCUUCUGAAAUGGAAAACUUUUUACAGAACUUUUGGGAAACACCUGAUGAGCAGAAAUCAAAUGACAAUGCUCACAUUACAAGCAACGAUGAAGGCAUUGUUGUGGCCAAUAUCAUGCCCAACGUGGCAUCAUGUGUUGCCAGCAGCUCAACUGGAUUUCAACUUUCUCCACCACUAACAACCACAACAACAACAACAACAACAGCAGUACUUAGUUCAGCACACCAAAUGAACGUUCAUUUGAGCCUGGAAAACUCAACUGAGCCGCUGAAAUGCUUUCAAUCCAAUUUCAUCAAUUCUGCAGUACUGCCCUCAACCACACCAGAAAACAAUGUGACUGACAGCGGGUGCUUUUUGGAACAGCGAAACAGUAAAAAUGAAAUUGUCCCUGAAGCUGAAUUAUCAUCAUCAUCAUCAUCAGCAGCACUGUCACUGAAAAACUCUGUUUUUCAGCAAGCAAGCUCACCAGCUCAGGCUGUGGAGGGGCCAAGUGAUGGUGAGAACCUCGAUGAGCCGCCAAUUGAAGCGCUCGCAAUUGUGCAAAAUGAACAAGUUGUGGUGAACAAUGAAGAGCAGGCAAAGCAAUCAGCAGUUAAUGAAGAAGUUGACGUUUUGAAUUUAAAUUCAUUUUUUGCUGAGCAGUGUGAAACGGUUGAAACAGAAAGCUUUGAAGUGCCUGUUGACAGGGGAGCAAUUCUUCAUUCAGAGUAUCAUCAACAAAUUUUUGAAAGCACAUUUUCAGACAUGAACACUAGUCACGAUUCGCUUUCAGUCUCUCAAAGUACCGGCACGACCAACUCGGAGGAUAUUUUAGGAAUUGCUGUACAGGCGUCUGGAAUUAUUAGCUAUAAAGAGCAGCAAAACAACUCAAACAACUAUGGUGAUUCAAUGAGCUCAUUCAAACAUCCACCACCACUGUCUACAGCUUUUCAACAGAUGCCUCAACUGGAGACACAGCCACAGCUCAAACAAAAUCACUACUACCACCACCACCUGCCGCUUGCAGCCGCCCAACAAACUCUGCGAACGCAACAGCAAAUGCAGCAGCCGGUGCACCAGCAACAGCAACAUCAAAGUUCUGGCAGCAAUGUACGGCACCGUAAUGUUCCAGAUCUUUUUCCUGCAUCUGCUCAUCGUCAGCAGCAACAGCAGCAGCAGCAGCAGCAGCAACCUCAGUAUUUUCCGCAGCAACAACAUCAGCAGCAGCAUCCCCUGUCGCAAGGACCAUCAGCUAGGCCACUUGAUGUGUUGAGCCACUUGCACAACAGUCAGCAGGGGUCAACCUCCUCACAUGGGCAGGGUAGUGCUGCCAGCCAUCAGCAUCAGUAUGGACACAGUAACGGUUCAACACUGGGCAGUGGAAGCAACGGUAGCAAUGGCUACCACCAGCAUGCCAAUCAGAGCUACCCUUACUACCCCUAUGGAGCAGCUCAAGGCAGCAACGCCGGGAGUAAAGAACAGCUUUAUCAAAAUAACCAAUAUUUGCAGUAUCAACAAUAUCAACCACAGCAAAAAGAGUCCUACUAUUCGUACCAGAAUAACAGCUCAAAUUGA